CCGGUGGGGACUUACGCUUUUAAAUUGGCCUCUAAGAUUGGUGUUGAGGUUCGUGCACAAGUAGAAGACCUAAGUGUUAAAAGCUGGAAGGCUGUGGAUGAGGGUAUUAAGGCACCUUUGCUUCAAUCCCUAAAGGAUCAGUUUGACUUUGAAGGAGAUCCAAUUGAUGUCAACAAGGCAAUAACAUCAAAGUGUGGGCGGAGAUUGAGUGAUUACACCCAUAGGUUGUAUGAGAAAUUCAAAAAGCUUAAAGCAACCAAGGGGGAAGCGUAUGCAAGAAGUCACCCACCUCCUCAAAUUGCCAUGGAGCAAUGGACUCGUUUGAUUGAAAAGAAGUGGACAAACAAAGAUUGGCUGGAGGAAAUGGUUCGAGUGGAUGCUGUACUUAAUCAGGAAGGUGCUACCCCAUUAAUAGGGGAGCAGAUGUCCGUCACGGUGCUGAAACAGAGACCAGGUUAUGUGAAAGGACUUGGCUUAAGGCCUUCGUCAUCUAUUAGGACCACAUCUGAAACUGCCUUGAAAGCACUUGGCUUGAGGCCUUCCUCCUCUACCACGACCCAUGAAUACGCGUCAUGCCUCGAGAUGAAAAUAGAGUCACAAAAUGACACCAUUGAGAAACUUUUGGAGGCAAAUAGGCAGCAGCAGAAGAUAAAUGCUAGCAUGAUGGAGUUUCUUUCUCAUUGAAAAAGGGUACACUGGACAUGUUGGGAGUGCUGAAACAUCAUCUAAUGAUUGACUGGUUAGUAGAAUUCAUUUAUCCUUUUCAAACUCGUUUCAAUGAACUCAUAUAUAAGUAAUGGAAUGGUUAAUUGAUUUAGUGUGGUUGAUUGACAGAUUUGGUGCAAUUUUUUGUUUUAUAUAUUCAUGCAAUUAGUGGAUUUAGUUGAACUUCCAAGAAGUGUCAGGAUUGAGAUGUUUUUUGUCCAUGUCCGCACUUUGUAACUUAUUAAAGCUAUCUAGU